AUGUCUGAAUCUCUCACACAUAUGUCCGGCUUUCAUAAAAAGACCAUCCAGGAGCGGCAAGAAAUAAUACGCGCUUUAUUCCCACAGGUAAAUGGAUCUAUCUCAGACGGUGGUCUUGAUUUAAAGACUGCAGACCUUAUGAUUGAAAAUUGUAUAGGUCGGCUUUCUCUCCCUUUAGGACUAGGAUUAUACUUUCAAGUAAACAACAAAAAUUAUAUUGUCCCUAUGUGCACAGAAGAGCCUUCUAUAGUAGCUGCAGCUACGUCAGCUGCAAAGUUAAUCAAGCAGCACGGUGGGUUUAAAUCAAGCUCUACAGCACCCAUCAUGACAGGCCAAAUCCAACUUCUUGAUAUUGAGCCGACUGAUGCGAAAACAAUCAUUGAGUCACAUAAAGAAAAACUUAUAAAGAAAGCUAACCAAGAAUAUUGCCCAAGAAUGGUUAUCAGGGGUGGAGGAGUGAUUGAUAUAGCCUUUAUUCAGCUUUCUGCUGUAAUGGGGAUUGUGGAAAUUUCUGUUAAUGUCUGUGACGCUAUGGGUGCAAAUUGUAGCAGGUCUUUUGGUCAAAGUUUUUUUUGGAAAUAUUUAUCGAGCUAUUUCAGCAUUUAAUCAGUAACGUCAAGCAAAUGUCUGACGAACCAAAUAGUCCUGAGGAAAUACACUUCAGGUGCAAAACAUUGUGAACUCAUUAUGUGAAAACUUAGCAAAGGACGUCUUAGCUCUUAUCCCGAAUUGCAGAACUGGGCUGAGAAUCCUAUCAAACUACUGCACACAAAGAAGAGUAAUAACAGAAUUCAGAAUUCCAAUAGAAGAUAUGGCCUAUAAAAGUUUGCCUGGCUUAGACGUAUCAAAAAGAAUGAUAGAAGCUUUAGAGUUCGCAAGACUCAGUGUAUAUAGAGCAUGCACUCACAAUAAAGGAAUUUUAAAUGGAAUUGACGCAGUCGGUUUGGCUACAGGCCAAGAUACUAGAGGAAUAGAAGCCGCAGCCCACGCAUGGUGCUGCAGAAAUGGAAAUUACCAGCCGCUUACCGAGUUUUGGACUGAAGGUAACUUUUUUUACGGAAGGCUCGAAAUCCCAAUAGCAGUCGGCACACAAGGCGGUGCUUUAAAGUCAAAUUCUUUAUAUCAGACCACACAGUAUAUUCUUGGGUUUCCUUCUGCAUUAGAACUGGCGCAGGUCAUGGCAAGUGUAGGGCUUGCUUGUAAUUUUUCUAGUCUUAGAGCGAUGGUAACUGAAGGAAUACAGAGAGGACAUAUGGGCUUGCAUGCAAAAAAUAUUGCAAUAGCUGCAGGAGUCCCUAGUGAGCUUGUAGACGAAGUAGUAGAAUAUAUGAAACAGAGAAAGUCAAUAACCCAUCAAACAGCACUUGAAUAUUUAGCAGCUCAUCAGCUGCAUACAUUGGCUAAAAAACAAAAAGGCCAGCAAAACGCAUUAAAUACCUUUUAUGUAGAUAUUCCUGAUGGAAUUCCUCCUUUUAAGCUGAGUAUUGCGUUUGACUGUCCAACUCUGCAUGGAAUUCACAUUGUGAUUGAUAAUAAAGCCAAGCCGUUUUCUACGGAGUUAAUCAUGGAUAUUCAUGAAAAAUUGUUCGGAAGACACAAGUAUGAGUGGAUUAUCAAUUUUUUAGCCAUGCUGGAAUUCGUCAGAUUUGAGCCAAAACUGCCAAGAGCAAAUGCGGAGCUGAGAAACAAAAUGAAAUUCCUCUGCAUUUGGCUUGAUUUAAUUUCUAUUAGUCUUCUCAACUGCUGGGAUAUCCAUAAAGUAGGUCAAGUUUUCUUAGCAAUUACACAGAGAGAUGACCUUUCUUUAGGCCGCUUAGUAAAAGGAGCUGAUUCAUAUAUAGAAUUCGCUGUUUACCUAGUCAGAGAGCUCUGGAAUAUUUUUAACUACCACAUUGAUGGCUGGAUCAGCCAAACUGUACAAAAUUCCAAUGUGCUCGCUGAAGAGAUAAGAAGAGAAGCCAAAACUGUUUUAUUUUCAAAUAUCAGGGCUAAACAAGAUGGCGACUUGAGCUUUGAUGACUUUUUUGAAUACAGAAAAAAACAAAUGUGCGCGACCCUUAUGUUUUUAUGUGAUUUAUUAGGAGAAACAAAAAUUGACGUAGAACUGAUCAGAAAAAUAACAGAAGUAGGAGAUAUAUUGGAGACAAUGAGCACGUCGAUUAGAGACUUGAAUAAGGUGAAAAAGAAUGAUAUGACCAAGCCAAAUUCGUAUCUUUAUUGGCUAAAGUUUUUCAAAGAGGAAGAAAAAACUGGAGAAGAUAAGUACAUUAUGUAUAUUCAACAAAAAAUCGACUUCAGGCAGGAGCAUAUGAGCAAGUCACAACAGAAAAUAUUGAAAGUAGCUAGGAAAUUUUUAAGUGCUUAUUAUAAUCCAAUUCCUAAAUUAUAA